AUGGAACCAAUAAAAGACAUAGUGAACAUCAUCUUCCCAUCUCCCACUCUUAUACUUUGUAUAUGGUCACUAAUUGUAGUAACUUGCAUUUGUGGGGAUUACUUGCUGUUGUUAGUGUCAGACACAGACUGGUUGGGAAAUGGUCAUAUAGUCCGAUCUGUUAUUGAUAGCUCAAUACAUGCCAUAGUCAGUGUUCUAGUUUGGGCUGUGGUAGAAAACUUUGAACACCUAAAUGAUUUUAGAAAAUGGCAAAACUGUGCAUGCUGUGCAGUCUUAGCUGUUGCAGUGGAUACUGAUCAUUUUUUAGCAGCUGGAUCUUUAGAUUUUAGGAAAGCCUUAAAUUUAACAAAGAGGCCAUGCUUUCACAACACCAGCCUGAUCCUUGCUGUUGUGGCAUUGUGUUUGAUUAUGAGACAGUACAUUCCAGCACUUAAGAUGUUUUCUGUAAUGUUUUUGUCAUCAUGGUUGUCUCAUCAUUUAAGAGACGCAGGCCAUCGAGGUCUUUGGGUUUUUCCUUUUGGACACACGCCUGUAUUCCCAUCGUAUUUGUAUAUUGCUUUAACCCUCUUGCUCACAGUAUUAGUCAGAAUUAUAUACUGUGUUGCUUUUAAUACAGGGUUUCAUCUUAACACGCAUUUAUUUGAAAUAUUAAACGUUUAG